AAAAUGGUGGGGACACACCCAGCCAAUCUCAGCGAGCUUUUAGACGCCGUCUUGAAAAUAAAUGAGCAAACUUUGGAUGAUAAUGACAGUGCAAAAAAACAAGAGCUACAAUGUCAUCCCAUGCGUCAAGCCCUAUUCGAUGUUCUCUGUGAAACAAAAGAAAAAACAGUACUGACAGUUCGUAAUCAAGUGGACGAAACUCCAGAAGAUCCUCAAUUAAUGCGACUUGAUAAUAUGUUAGUGGCGGAAGGCGUUGCAGGACCAGAUAAAGGAGGUUCAUUAGGAAGUGAUGCAAGUGGAGGUGAUCAGGCUGAUUAUAGACAAAAGCUUCACCAGAUUCGAGUUUUGUACAAUGAAGAGCUGAGAAAGUAUGAGGAGGCUUGUAACGAAUUCACGCAACACGUGAGGUCUCUGCUGAAGGAUCAAUCACAAGUUCGCCCAAUAGCACAUAAGGAAAUCGAACGAAUGGUUUAUAUAAUCCAACGAAAAUUCAAUGGAAUUCAAGUUCAACUCAAACAAUCCACAUGUGAGGCCGUCAUGAUCCUCAGAAGCAGGUUCCUUGAUGCCCGCCGUAAACGGCGAAACUUUUCGAAACAAGCGACAGAAGUGCUUAAUGAAUAUUUCUAUGGACACCUCUCAAAUCCAUACCCAUCAGAAGAAGCAAAAGAAGAUCUCGCAAGGCAGUGCAAUAUUACAGUAUCUCAGGUUUCCAAUUGGUUUGGAAAUAAACGAAUUCGCUACAAGAAAAAUAUGGCAAAAGCUCAAGAGGAAGCCAGUAUGUAUGCUGCCAAAAAGAAUGCUCAUGUAACAUUAGGAGGUAUGGCUGGAAAUCCAUACGGAAUGCUUCCUGGUGCUGCAGCCGCUGCUGGCCUAUUAAAUCCCUACAAUCCUAUGAAUAUUCCCGGACAAGACACAUUGCAUAUGGGAAUGCCACCCUUUGAUUUAUCGGUAUAUAAUCCACAAUUGAUGGCCGCAGCUCAAUACCAACAACAAAUGGACAAUGCUGAUAAAAAUUCAUAAAUAAUACUCAGCCAGUUGGUAAUAUUGAAAUCUCAACCAAUCAUCCCAUCUACCAUCACACAAUCUUGCUUUCUUCUCAAUCGAAUUCCCGAUCAAUCUCGUUCUGGUUAUUCUGUUAGACCAUCGACUUUUUUGUAUUUUUCUUUCCAACCAGCUUGUCCUUUCUUGAAUUUUUUACUUGCACAGACACACCCACCUGUUUUCAGAUCUCUUCUUGGCAUGAGUUUUGGAGCAUUGAUAAUAAAUUUAAUUGAAUUUU